AUGCUCCACCUCCGUAAGCGCGUCCUCUCCGGCCCGCCCCUUCCUUCCACCUUCCCACUCCUCUCUCUCCAGCGCCUCCUCUCCACCGCCGCCGCGCCCGCCGUUUCCUCGAACCCUAGCUUCGCCGUGGAGGAGUACCUCGUCGCCACCUGCGGCCUCACCCGUGCCCAGGCACUCAAGGCCUCCACCAAGCUGUCCCACCUCAAGUCCCCCGCCAAGCCCGACGCCGUCCUCGCCUUCUUUGCCGGCCUCGGGCUCUCCGGCGCUGAUGUCGCGGCCGUCGUCGCCAGGGACCCGCAGAUCCUCUGCGCCGGCGUGGAGACAACCCUGUCCCCCGUCGUCGCUGGGCUCACCGGCCUCGGCCUGUCACAAGCUGAGAUUGCGCGCCUCGUCUCGCUCAGCCCUGACAACUUGCGCCACAGAUCCGUCGUCUCCAAGAUAGAGUACUACCUGCCACUCUUCGGCUCCAUCGACAACUUGUUCCGGCCCCUCAAAUACGGCUCGGGCUUCCUCAACUCCGACCUAGAGAGGGUUAUCAAGCCCAAUGUCAAGGUCUUAGCAGAUUGCGGGCUAGGUGCUUGUGAUAUUGCCAAGCUCUUCAUCCAUGCACCGAGGAUACUUUCUGCCAAACCAGAGUGUUUCUUGUUGAAGGUUGCGUGCGCCGAAGGUAUAGGUGUGCCCCGUGGCUCUGGAAUGUUUAGGCAAGCGUUGCACGCCGUCUCAUACCUCAGCGAGGACAAGAUCGCUGCCAAACUGGACAACUUGAAGAAGACACUUAGGUGGUCAGAUACCGAGGUUGGCAUUGCUGUGUCCAAGUGUCCGAUUCUGCUGAGGAGGUCAAAUGACGUGCUACAGCGCUUGUCAGAGUUCCUAAUCGCUGAGGUGGGGUUGGAACCGACGUACAUUGCUCAUCGGCCAGAAAUGCUCACUCGUAGCUUGGAGGGCCGGCUCAGGCCCCGGUACAAUGUUUUGAGGUUUCUUAUGGAAAAUGGAUUGCUCAAGCGCAACCAAAGCUACUGUACAAUUGUUAAAUGGACCGAGAAAGAGUUCUUGGAGAACUUCGUAUGCCCUCACAAGGAAGCUGCACCAUACCUCGCUGAAGACUAUGCGGCUGCUUGCAAAGGUGAAGUGCCGGCUAGAUUCAGAUAA